CAAAUAAUUGAGACGUAACAGAAAAUAAUUAUAAACAAAUUAACAAUUGGAUUGGAUCAAAUGUAAGAGUGCGAAUUUGGAUUAAUAAAGAUUGCUCUACUUAUUGCUUCCUUUUAGUAGAUUUUUGGCUUGUUGAAGGGAUUUCGGCAUCUUCUGGAUCGAAAUCUAUAAUUAUUGAUAGUUCCGGCUGAAUAAUUCCUGUUGACUGUUCAACCAUGCUUAAGUUACCUACUUGUUUGCAAUAUAAAAAGGCUUACAGUAAUAUAAGUACAAAUAUUUAAGCUGGCCGAUUAAAUUGUCUCUGCUAUGGAAUCGAUUCACCCAACAGCGAAGUUAAUGCAAGGCCUUCAAUUCGCUGCUAGCAAGCACCGGACACAACGGCGCAAGGACAAUGAAACUCCCUACAUUAACCAUCCUAUUAAUGUGGCUACCAUUCUUGCUGUAGAAGGUGGCAUCUCUGAUGAAACUGUACUUAUUGCUGCUCUUUUGCACGACACUGUCGAGGAUACGGACACUACUUUUGAGGAGAUCGAAACACAAUUCGGUGCUGAAAUUUGUGGAAUUAUACGGGAGGUCACCGAUGAUAAGUCAUUGGAGAAACAAGAACGCAAGCGUUUGCAAAUCGAACAGGCGGCAACCUCAAGCAUAAAAGCAAAAUUGGUGAAGCUAGCUGAUAAAUUGGAUAAUCUACGUGAUUUAGACAGGAAACUGCCUAUCGGCUGGUCCUUGGAGCGUCAAGAACAAUACUAUGUUUGGGCUAAAAAAGUGGUGGAAAAUAUGCGUGGCACAAAUGCCGAGUUGGAGCGGAAAUUGGAUGAUAUUUUUAAACAGAAAAAUUUACUUUAAUUUCAUUUCAAGAAAGCAUUUUUCCACCACACUUUAAUUACAUUUUGUGGAUAAUAAGGAAACAAAAAAUGUUAAAUGAGUUAUGAACAUAUUUUCACACGCACAUCUUCAUAUAUAAAAAUGUGUGUGCAUUUAAUAUUGUUGCUAAACGGGAGCUUUUAAAGCUAUUUGUAGAAAUCGUUACAAUCUUAAUGCUUAAAUAAAUAUAGUACAUUUCAAAAAUUAA